GUAUCGAUGAAGCUGGUUGAAACAUGGCGGACUUCCUGCCGACCCGAUCCGUGCUAAACCAGUGCUUCCCAGUUUGCCUGCUUACCAGCACCGAGGUUGAACAGCUGAGGAAAUCUAAGGAGAUUGACAAAAGUCUUUCCCGAGACAAAACCUACGCGGAACGACUAGUAAAGAUACUUUUACUGGGCGCGGGCGAAAGCGGCAAGUCCACUUUCCUCAAACAGAUGAGGAUCAUCCACGGGCAGGACUUCGACCAGCAAGAUCGUGAAGAGUUCCGGGCAACAAUUUACAGCAAUGUUAUCAAAGGUAACUAGGGAGAACGACUACGGGACUAAAAAACUACGAGUUAACAUUCUGGAAGCUUCUUUCGAGCCCUAGUGAAAGUUGAGUGGUAAAAAAAACGUUUGGGCGAAGUUUACAUUCUGUGUAUGCGUGGAGCUGCUCGCUGUAGUUAGCAGCUAAAUUAGUUAACUAUGGGUUUAACGUUAGCUUCAGAACUACAAUUAAACAGUCACAGUUUAGUGGAUGAACGCCAGUGUUGUUUAUGACUAACGUUGUCGGCUAGUAUGAGAGUGUCUCAGCUUUUAAUGUAAAAGGGCCAUUUUAUGUUAUAACUAGUUAAAUCCGAUGCAAAAAGGGUCAUUAGGACGCAUCCUUUAGAAAGUGUUAACCUACUUCCUGCUGUCAACUCUUCAAUGGCGAAGCUGCAUAAAGAUGUCGGCAUUCAGAUGACAUCAUUGUUUUACCAUAUGUCGGCAUUCAGAUGACAUCAUUGUUUUACCAUAUGUCGGUAUUCAGAUGACAUCAUUGUUUUACCUUAUGUCGGUAUUCAGAUGACAUCAUUGUUUUACCUUAUGUCGGUAUUCAGAUGACAUCAUUGUUUUACCUUAUGUCGUAUUCAGAUGACAUAAUUGUUUUACCUUAUGUCGGUAUUCAUGUCAUAAGAAGAAAUUCCCCUCGACCACGCCCACAAAUUGGGGAAAACAAACCCACAUUGACCCCCCAUUGUAAAACAUAAAUAAAAUAAAAAGCCUGCUUAGUCAUCCAUAUUUAAUUCUACAGAAAUGUCAGCCUGCGAGAAGAGCCCUGUGGCUUUCAGCUUAAAUCAUGGUCAACAGAUGCUGACUUAGACACAAUAUUUUGCAGUCCCUCCAGGAUUUUGCGAU